UUUUUGGUUGGAAGAAGAGGUUGAUCUUCAUAUGUUUCGUUCCAGUAUCAAAACAAAAAAUAGUAACAAAAAUAAAUUACGCCUCCAUCUUUGCCCUCAGAAAAACAAAACCCUAAUUUCAGAAAUUGCGGCAUUUCCCCUUUAUUUCUUCAUCACUGGUCUCUAUUGUUCCAGUUUUUUUGUUCUUUUAUUUCACUGAAACUUUCCGUCGUUGUUUCAUCUUAUUUUUGUUAUUAUUAUUUUUCUUUCUUUUUGUAAUUAUUCCUUUUUUUCCGGGAAAAUAAAGAGUGGAAUUUUGGGAACGCGAAACGGAGCAAUAGCCUGGAAUUGAAGCGGGGAUUAGGGUUAGUUCUCUCCGUUUUUCUUUGUCAAAUGUUUCCCCAAAUUUUCUUCUUGUCGUUUGGGUUCAAAUCCUAGCAGUUGGGAACUUAUAAUUAAAAUUAAAUCUAAGGUUUUUAGUUUUACUCAAAACUUAUUUGUUAUUUAGGGCUACUUUUUCUUUUUCCUAAUUUUACUGGUUUAUGGGCGUUUAGCAUUAUUUUGGAAUAGUCCUUUUAUUGCUUUGUUUUUGCUUAAGUUGUUGAUUUAGAAAGAGGGUUGGAUCUUCUUUUAUGAGAAAUUUGAGUGCCAUUUGAAACUGGAAAAAUCAGCAAUCUGCAAAUCCAUCUUUUAAUCAAAGAUGGAGUAAGGAGUGAGUUAAUUAUUAGAAUAUAAUCUCCUUAUUGUCAUUGUAUUUGUUUUGGUUGCUAUGGCCUCCUAAUCGUGUUAAACAUAUUGUGCUUUUUGAUCAAACAACUCCUUUGUCAUUUGUUGAGUUUCACCUUAAAUCCGCAAAAUUAUUGGCAAGUUAUGGUGGUUUGAAUGACAAAGAAUAGGGUAAGAGCUUGAGUUUGUGUAGGAAGAAAAUUCAUAUGGUGGGUUAGGGUUUGAAGAAGGUUCAAAAAGUGUGUUCUUUUAUAUAAUUAGUUUUCUGAUGAUCAUGUUCGAUAUCCCUUAUGGAAAGAAGUGAACCAGCAUUAGUUCCAGAAUGGUUGAGAAGUACUGGCCCUGUUACUGGGGGUGGUGGCAAUUCAGCCCACCACUUUGCUUCCUCUUCUUUUAAUUCAGAUGUUUCUUCACUGGUUCAUCAUGGAAGACAUAGGAACUUUAGGAAUAUAGGUGAUUCUGAUUCCCCUCGUUAUGCUUUUUUGGAUCGGGCGUCUUCUUUGAAUUCACGGAGGAGUUCUAGUAAUGGUUCUGCAAAGCAUGCUUACAGUAGCUUUAGUAGGAAUCACCGUGAUAAGGAUCGAGAAAGGGAUAAAGAUAGGUCAAGCUCUGGGGACCAUUGGGAGCGUGAUUCUUCUGACCCUUUAGAAAGUAUCUUUACCAGUAGGGUUGAGAAAUCUGGUGUGUCUACCAGUAGAGUUGAGAUAGAUGCAUUGCGGCGUUCUCAUUCUAUGGUCUCUAGGAAACAGAGUGAGCCUUUGCCUCGAAAGAUUGCAGUGGGCUCAGGUGAUGUUGGUAACAAUAAUCAUAACAAUGGCAAUGGUCUGCUUUCUGGUGGUACUAUCGGAAGUAACAUCCACAAGGCUGUGUUUGAGAAAGAUUUUCCCUCACUUGGAACUGAAGACAGGCAAGCAGGGCCUCAGAUAGCUAGAGUAUCUUCUCCUGGUUUGAGUUCAGCUUCUCUGAGUUCACCUGCUUGUAAUUCAGCUUUAAUUGGUGGGGAAGGAUGGACCUCAGCUUUGGCAGAAAUGCCCACCAUGGUUGGAAGUAGUAGCACAGGUUCUUUGCCUGCCCCCCUAAUUGUUUCUACCUCUGGUUCUGGGGUCCAAAGUGUCACAGUUGGUCUUAAUAUGGCUGAAGCACUAGCUCAAGCUCCUUCUCGAACCCGUACCGCUCCCCAGUUGUCUGUCAAGACCCAAAGACGUGAGGAACUGGCUAUUAAGCAAUCAAAGCAACUAAUACCAGUGACACCUUCGAUGCCUAAGGGUUCGAUUCUCAAUUCAGUGGAUAAAUCAAAAGCCAAACCAGCAAUCAGGGUAAGUGAGAUGAAUAUAGCUGUCAAAAGCGGGCAGCAGCAACCUUCCUCUAUUCAUCAUGGUAAUCAAUCUCCUCAUAGUGGACAUGUCAAGUCUGAUAUGCCAAAGACAUCGGGGAAGCUUUUGGUUCUGAAACCAGGAUGGGAAAAUGGGGUCUCAUCUCCUACUCAAAAAGAUGUAGCUGGUCCAACAAAUGUGAACAACAAAGUUGCAACUAGCCAACAUGCUGUUACUGCUGUUACAUCUGCUCCUGCAAGAAAUAACAACACAAAGCUUUCUUCUGGGGAGCGCAAAGCAGCUGCCUUGAAUCCAAUAUCUGGGUUCACUGUGGAAAAGAAACCUUCUUUGGCUCAAACCCAGAGUCGAAAUGAUUUUUUUAAUCUCCUGAAGAAGAAAACGUCAGCAAACACUGCAGCUGGUCUCUCAGGCUCAAACCUUCAUAUUUCAUCAUCCACCACAGAGAAAUCUGAAGUUACAAAGAAUGUAGAUAGUCCUUCUAUGACUACUCAUGCUAAUGAGAAUGGUUCUGCAGCAACUAGCAAUGGUGACACCUGUCAAGAGGCUCAAAGAUUUUCUGAUGAUGGUGAAAAGAAUAUGAGCUCCUAUGCUAUGGUUCAUCCAGAUGAGGAAGAGGCUGCUUUCCUUCGUUCGCUUGGCUGGGAAGAACACUCUGGUGACGAUGAAGGUCUUACAGAAGAGGAGAUCAAUGCUUUUUAUCAGGAGUACAUGAAACUGAGGCCAUCACUGCAACUGCGCCAUGGUGUGCAACCAAAGCUGGCUCAAUCUUUUGCAACUAAUUUAGAUGGAGCUUCUUCGGAAUUGAGCUCGUCUGACUCUGGAUCUGAAGCUUGACUCUUCUUUGCCCUUGAAUAGUAAAAUCCAAAGAAGUUCCAAUUUUUGAUGGCAGAUGAUUAGUUUUUCUUCACUUUUUUUUUCCCCACCUUUGUUUUUGAUGUCUUCUGGUUGAAAGAAAGCUGAUUAGUGGAGUUGGGUAUGGAAGGUGGUGGAUUUAGGGUUUUGAGAGAGGGUGCAUUUUGCAAAUAGUACAAUAAGUCCUGCUCACUUAUAACAAGAGAAUUCUUUAGGGUUUUUCUAAGGUUGAUGGAACAGGGAAAAGAUUUGAUUUGGGGCUAUUUUGUCUGUGCAGUGGGAAGAUGAUGAUGAUGAUGAUGAUGGAAAGAAGCAGCUUUUAGGGUUAUUUUCCUCCUUUUCCUUCCUUUUUUGUCCUUUCAAGAAGGCUCAAUCAAUGUUACAGGCAAAAAUAUCUUAUUGUUGGUUUUUGGUCAAUUGUUUGGAAAGGAAAAAGAAGGGAAAUCAAAAAAAGUUCCAUUUUUAGUUUA